UGUAUAUCUUUAGUUACUAUUUAUUAGACACUACAAAUAGAGAAAAACCAAAAGCAUUCACACACACACAUAGAGUGAGAAAAUAUAUUAAUCAUAUGGGUUUUAACGAAGAUUUCAACAUGGAUCAUAAUGAAUAUGUUGUUGAUGAUGAUGAAGAUGUUCCACUUCCUGGAUUUAGAUUCCAUCCAACUGAUGAAGAACUUGUUACUUUUUAUCUUAGAAGGAAACUUGAUAAGAAACCUAUUGCUAUUGAUCUCAUCAAACAAAUUGAUAUAUACAAAUAUGAUCCUUGGGAUCUUCCAAAAUCAAGUGUACCUGGAGCAGAGAAAGAAGCAUACUUUUUUUGCAAAAGAGGGAGAAAAUAUAAGAAUAGCAUAAGGCCAAAUAGAGUAACUGGCUCUGGAUUUUGGAAAGCAACAGGAAUAGACAAACCAAUAUACUCAAAUGGAGGAGAAGGAAAAGAUUGUGUUGGACUCAAAAAAACACUUGUUUACUAUCGUGGUAGUGCUGGCAAAGGCACUAAAACUGAUUGGAUGAUGCAUGAAUUUCGUUUCCCUUCUAAAAUUAUUGAUGCCAACACUAAUCUUCCAUAUGCUAAGAAUUUUGAUGUUGAUAAUGCUCAUGAAGCUGAAAUUUGGACAUUGUGUAGAAUUUUCAAGAGAAAUGUAUCACAAAGAAAACCACAAAUGGCAGAGGUGAAAUCAUUUGCUACCAAGCGUCAAGCCAUUCAAGAAAAGAGAAGUAGAAUGGAUAGCAAUAUGGAGUUCAACAUAAAUCAACAAACAUAUAUCAAUUUUGGUGAAAGUCAUGAGCAACAUCACCACAAUGAAGACAAACCAAUUAAUAACUAUGCAAUAAGUGAUCAAAGGAAUCAAUUUCAUGUAGAUCAAUUGAGCUCUUCAGUUCCACAUCAACCUCAACAAAAUAAUGUAACACAAUAUUCAAAUUUUUGGAUUAACCAACCUGCAAAUGAGUUAUUAUCAUUUGAUAAUUGGGAUGAGCUUGGAUCAGUUGUAAAGUUUGCUGUUGAUUCACCUAGUUUGUAAAUAGUAACUGCCAUGUAGUAGUUUUAUACUAUGGCAUGUAUCGUUGGAAGUUAGAAUAUAUAUAUAUAUAUAUA